CCACCUCAUCACACCUUCCACCUCUGCGCAUCGGCCAUCUCGCACCACCUGCGCCGCUUCAUGCGCCGCGCCCUCGCCGGCCAUGUCCAGCAGCGGCUGCUCUACGCCGCGCUCCGGGCCCGCGGGCCCGCGUGAUGAUGAGCUGCUGAGCGACAGCAGCAGCUCCCUCUCCGACGCCGCCGCGUCCGGCAGCGAGGUCUCGCACAGCCUUGCGCCGGCCAAGCAGAAGCAGUCUGCAGUCUCUACGCCCGAGCAGCAAGCGUCGGCGGCGCCCACGCCGAAGAAGCGGGCGUCGGCGUCUCUCACGCCUACGCCGGAGAGGAAGAAGCGCGGCAAAAUCACGAGCGACUAUGCGCCGUGCCGCCCGCGCAGAUCGACGCAUGCGACCCAAGUAGCGGGCGGACUGGAGCUGCUGAGCGCUACAGUCCCGCCCUCAGCGGAAGCGCAGGCGCGGCGCAACGAGCAGAAGCGUCAGGCGGAGGAGCACGGCCGCAGGUGGGUGCGCGGCUAUGCCUACGUGCCGGUAGCGCAGCCCGACGUCGGCGGCAGCGCGGCGGCCGAGAGUAGCACCUCGGCGUUGGCAGUCGAGGACGAUACUGCAGGUGUGAGCACGUCUGCACCGGCCAUUGAAGGCCCCGCUGCCGACAGCAGCACCUCGACAAUGGCCAUCGACAGCGCAGCGGCCGGGCGCAGCACCUCGACGUCGUCCGCUGACGUUGCGGCGGUCGAGAGCAGCACCUCGACGGCGGCUAUCGAUGGCACAGCGGCCGAGAGCAGUGCUUCUACGUCGGGCGCUGACGGCGUCGCCUCCAAGCGGCUGGCCACCGCUUCUCCGACGCCAGAGAUUCCUGCGCACGACUGCUCUCAGGAGGCCUCGGCGAGUCCGCUUGCCGCAAGCAAGCGCCGCUCCGAUGCGUCGACGUCGAGCGCGAUGCCUCAGUCCGCGCCUCGCCUGCCGGAGUCCUCCGACGACGAGAGCUAUGUCCCGGUCCCUCGCAAGAAGAAGAUCGUGCGUCCGCGCGUGGUCGUCAGCGACGACGAGCCGGACUCUUCCCAGCUCUCCGACGCGCCUUCCGAAGUUUCGGUGGCGCUAAGCAUCGCCGAGCGAGACUCAGACUCGGACGAGCGGAUGGAGACAAGCGCUACGUCUCAGUCGUCGACCGAGCGCAGUAUCGGCAAGCGUCGUCAGCGCGUAUCGUUCGCCAAGCCGGGCGCCAGCUCUGAGGCUGCCGAAGCGUCGCUGCAGUCUGCGCCUCUGCAGUCGCCGCAGCAGGCGAGCCCUCCGCGCAGCCGCUCACGCGGCCAGAAGGUGAUCGACUACUCGCAGACCAAUCAUCCGCCCGAGGCCUUCAGCGACUCGGACGAGGCCGGUCCGUCGAGGAAGAAGGUCAAGGCCUCGUCGUCGAAGACGCAGAAGAAGACUGCGGCGGCCUCCCCGAAGGCACCAAAAGCGCCGCGGGCGGCACGUGCUAAGUCAAGCACGGUCAGCAACAGCGAGCGCGUCGUGCGCCAGCGUGCGAUGAACGCCCGUGAGACGCUCGCAGACGGCACGGUCGUCGAGCGGCAAAUCUUCUCCUGUAAGAGUCCGCGCUAUGCGGGUCACACGCGCUGCAUCCAGUGCAUCAAGAGGCAGGGCAACGAUGGGUGCCGCUUCCUCGGCAUCCGCGUCUUCCCUGUUCAAGCCGCCGUGAUCCCGAUUGCUACGUCAAGCACGAGUGGGCCCAGCGCCGCUGGCGCGAUUACGAAGAGUGCACCGUCGGACGAGGCCGCCGCUGCAGCGUCGCACGAGGCCGUCCCGUCGGAUCAGACUGCGCCUCUGCAUCAAAAUGCGCCUUCGGACCAGUCUGUGCCGUCUGCCAUGGACUCGACUGAUCUUGCGGAAGGCGGAGAUCCGUUCUUCCUCUCGCAGUCUCGCGCAGAAGAGCUGCCGGACUUCCCGCUUUCUGCGGAUCUGAAUCGGCCGAUGGAUGAGCGCUCGGCGAGCCUUAUUCUCUCGACCGCUGCUCGCCACCUCCAGCCGCUGCUCGAAGCCGAGAUCGAGCAUGCUAAGCUGCCUGGCUGUCUGCGGCGCAACAGGAUCUUGUCAGACGUUCUGACAUGUGACUUCUGCUCAACGAGUCUGUUCUCCUCCUCGUACUUCUGCGACGCAUGCGGCUACGAGCUUUGCACGGAGUGCAUCGAGACGCUUCGAGAGCUCGGCGAGCACCCAAAGGCGGAAGGCCUUGCGGCGUGCACUGCCAAGAGGGACGCAGACUACAAGCUCAUGCGCCGCGCACAUCCCGUUGCGCGCUUUGUGCCGGCCACACGCCUCGAUACUGCUGAGCUGCAAGCCGAGCUACAAGCCAUGCAGGAGGCCGUCGCAGAUACACGAGUCGACGAGCCUGCGCCUGCCGUCCCGACAGACGCAGCUGGCGCGAGCGCAGCGUCUGCCUCGCCCGCAUCGAUGCCCGCUCACGUGGUCUCGCAUCAAGUGGCCCGUCUGAAGAAGGACACGAUGGACGAAGAUGCCUUCCUCGCGGUGUGGGCACUUGGCCAGCCGCUCGUCGUCGAAGGCGUGACGCCUGCCGAGGUGUGGGACCCGGCCAAGUUCAUCGCCAUGCAUGGCUCGGAGCAGUGCAUGAUCGUGCGCUGCGACAAGGACGGCGGCGAGAAGAUCGUCACCGUGGCGAAGUUCUUCGAGACAUUCGGCCUUCCGCCGGACGAGAAGCAGGAGCUGCUGGGCAGCGGCAUCUGGAAGCUCAAGGAUUGGCCGCCGAGCGCAGAGUUUGCACAGGCCUUCCCGCUGCUCAACGCCGACUUCAAUCGCUCCGUGCCGAUGCCCGACUUCACGCGCCGCGACGGGCGCAAGAACAUCGCCGCGCUGUUCCCUACGAACGGCAACGCGCCCGAUCUCGGCCCCAAGAUGUACAAUGCAUGGCCUGGUCAGCUGACGAAAGGCGGCAAGGGCUCCACUCGUCUUCACAUGGACGUCGCCGAUGCCGUCAAUACCAUGCUGCACGCUGCCGAGCCGCCGACGCCCGACGCGCCACGGGCGGCCGCCUGGGAUCUCUUCCGCACCGAGGACGCCGGCAUUCUGCGUCAGUUCCUGCGCGACAAGUUCUCGCUCUCCGCAGACGGCGUCGACCCGAUCCACACGCAGCAGCACUACCUCGACGAGACGCUGCUCGCCGAGCUGUACGCCAAGCACAGCAUCAAGCCGUGGCGCGUGUACCAGCAGCAGGGCGAGGCCGUCUUCAUCCCCGCCGGCUGCGCACAUCAGGUGUGCAACCUGACCGACUGCAUCAAGGUCGCCGUCGACUUCAUCUCGCCGCACAGCGUCGGCCGCUGCUUCAAGCUCACGCAGGAGUUCCGCGGCAUGAGCGAGGGCAACAAGAAGUCGUGGAAGCAGGACAUCCUGCAGCUGCGCGCCCAGCUCUGGUUCGCCUGGCGUGCGCUGCGCACGCUCGAGGAGCGCGAGGCCGCCGCCGCCGCCGCCAAGCUGGCCAGUGCCGAUAGCAAGCCCGCCGAGGACCAGGCUAUCGGUGCCCAGCCCAUGGCCGGUCCCUUUGCCGCUCCGCCGUCUCUGCCCGACGCUACUGCCGGCGACCAGCCGAUGCCCGCUGGCUUUGCUGCUCUGCCGUCUUUGCCCGACGCCGAUACCGGUGCUCAGCCCUUGGCGGCUCUCUCUCCCUCUCUGCCCGACGCUUCCGCCGCUGUCACGCAGGAGACCGCACCGUCCGGCGCUCCCUCCGCCAUCAAGCCAGAGGGCACUCCGCCUCUGAGAGUGCCCUUUAAGAGCGACACGCUCGCCGCCUGAUCCGCUUCCAUCCACUGUACUGUUACCCGCGCGCGCUUCAGCCGCGCGACCCAUCACCGUGUCACCUGUCUACCCGUUCUCUGUGUCAUACACCCGCUCUCGCCCAAUCAGACCGUCGCGCCAG